AUGGCAGACCAACACAUUGCACUCGUCGACACGACCGAAAACGAACAAAGCCCUGAGCGCGCCCAACAAUUGGACGAACAGGCACGGCAGCCCCUACAGACCCCAGAUUCUCAUAUCGACGUACUAUAUGAGAAUCAGCGCGGCUGGUUCGUGUUCGGCAUCCCGCUCUUCUCCUCGAAAGCGCUAUGGAACCUUAGAAUCGACCAGUCACCCUGGGUUGAUGCGAAGUUCAAGCCAUCGCCGGUCAAUAUCACAAAUGCACAAGUCCCAGACCCAAGUUGGGUGUGGGAAUGGAAGAGCUGGUAUGUGGACAUGAGCCAUGACGUGGACGAAGAAGGCUGGCAGUAUAGCUUGUGGUUUAGAGGGGCUGCCUGGCACGGGAACCAUCCAUGGUUUCACAGCUUUGUACGGAGGCGGCGAUGGCUGCGGAGGCGCGUGAAGCAAAAGCUCCCGCCCAAAUCAAAAGAGAACAGAGAAAGGCUGUUCGGGGACACAUUCAGCAUUGGCACUACACUGGCGAGAGCAGUGACAAGCACAACAGGACCGGCUAGCCUGCAAGACAGCGGAGAGUCCUCACUCGAUGAGGAGGUCAAGGACGUCCCAACGCUCCUGCGGAAACUGAAAAAGGCAGCCAUCGAUCGCGAGAAAAUUGUGUUCAUCAACAAAUUUAUUGACGAAGGGGGCGAAGAGCUACACUAUCUGGCCGAACAGAUACCAUCCAUAAUGUCGCUCCUCAUUUUCCAGAAUUCUCGUCGCCAGCUCCUGUCCACCCUCAUGGAGACCAUCGACGAUGCACGCGCACACCGAGACACACACAGAAAAAGCGGCAAGCCCGAGGACGAAGCGGAAGAACGAAGGAUCAACAACCUGCUCAAGGCGGUGGAGGCUGCUGAUGCAGAGUGUAAGAAGCUAGAAUACUGGAGCGAUAUAAAAAUGCUAGCUGAAGAAGGCACUGCAGGUAACGCUACCGAUCCGAAGAACGGUUGGGACGAGAAGUGGCAGGGCGUUGAUUCCAGUGGAGCGGAGCAUCCGCGUGAUCCGCCGAAGAAGGAUUGA